AUGUUUCCGACAAUUGUACGAAAUGCUGCUAUAGGAAUAGCCUCAAUGUUAGCACGAGUUGGUGCUAUGGUGGCACCAUUUGUGGCAGGUUUGCGGCCACACGGAAAAUGGUGUGCUCCUGUGUUAUUUGGCGUGUUUCCAAUUAUCGCAGCUUUUCUUUGUCUACUUCUACCAGAAACAAAAGGUGUCGGAUUUCUAACUACUCUUGAAGACGGAGAAAACUUGGGUUCAACAAACGUUACACAACGUUCACAAAGAGCGAAUCAACCAUAA